UCAACCAUGCGACUGCUACCUGAAGGACCACUGAAUAGAGGUUAGCAGUAGACGCCGUAGCAUGCCAUUGAACAAGUAUUUGUAAUAAAUAUUCAAACGCAUCCAAAGUUAUGAUGGUUUCCAUGAGCCCAAUUUUUCGGAAAGUAUUAAGUUAUGUUCCUUUUGUCCUUGUUCUGAUCGACCUAAGAUUCGAAGGAGUGAAAUGUGGAAAGGACAGCGGCGUAGAGAACCAUCUGGAGAUGGGUAAGAAACUCCUAGCUGCGGGACAGCUGGCAGACGCGCUCUCCCAUUUCCACGCAGCUGUGGAUGGAGACCCUAAAAACUACGUAGCAUAUUACAGGCGAGCCACUGUGUACUUAGCCAUGGGAAAAUCUAAAUCAGCACUUCCUGAUCUCAGCAAAGUUAUCGAACUCAAGCCAGAUUUCACCUCAGCAAGACUUCAGAGAGGCAACCUUCUCCUGAAGCAGGGGAAACUUGACGAAGCAGAGAGUGAUUUUAAGAAAGUGCUCAAAUCCAACCCCAGCGAUAAGGAGGAGAAGGAGGCGCAGAGUCAGCUGAAGAAAUCAGACGAGAUCCAGAGGCUUGUGGCUCAGGCCCGACACGACUUCGACCGCAGGGAUUAUAGCUCAGCCGCGGCGCACCUGGACACUGUCAUCGAGACCUGUGUUUGGGAUGCUGACUCCAGAGAGCUGAGGGCAGAAUGCUUCAUUCAGCUGGAUGAAAUGGGCAAAGCCAUAAGUGACCUCAAAGCCGCCUCCAAGCUGAGAAACGAUAACACGCAGGCCUUCUACAAACUCAGCACCAUCUACUACAACCUGGGCGACCAUGAGAUGUCCCUGAAUGAAGUGCGUGAGUGUCUGAAACUGGACCCGGAUCAUAAGCAGUGUUUCAGUCAUUACAAACAGGUGAAGAAACUCAACAAACAGAUCCAGUCUGCCGAGGAGCUCAUCCAGCAGCAGAGGUAUGGAGAGGCAGUGAGUAAAUAUGAGUCCGUGAUGAAGACGGAGCCGAAUGUCCCUCAGUAUACCCAGCAGGCCAAAGAGCGGAUCUGUCACUGUCUAGCCCAGGACAGUCAGACUGCCAAAGCCAUUGAGGUGUGCAGUGAAGUCCUGAAAUCUGACCCAGACAAUGUUAACGCGCUGAAAGACAGAGCAGAGGCCUACCUUCAGGAUGAGCAGUAUGAAGAGGCCAUUAAGGACUUUGAGAAAGCGCGGGAACAGAAUGAAAAUGACCGUCAGAUAAAGGAGGGGUUGGAGAGAGCACAGCGACUCCUCAAACAGUCCCAGAAGAGGGAUUACUACAAGAUCUUAGGCGUGAAGAGAACUGCCCAAAAGAAGGAAAUCAUCAAAGCUUACAGGAAGUUGGCACAGCAGUGGCAUCCAGACAAUUUCCAAGACCCGGAAGACAAGAAAAAAGCUGAGAAGAAGUUCAUUGAUAUUGCCCAGGCUAAAGAGGUGCUCACUGAUCCAGAGAUGAGGAGUAAAUUUGACCAGGGAGAAGAUCCUCUGGACCCCGAGAGUCAGCAGGGAGGAGGACACUCCCACUUCAGAGGCGGCUGGGAGAACUUCCAGGGCUUCAACCCUUUUGGCUCAGGACCGUUCAGCUUCAAAUUCAGCUACAACUAAAGCUAUGUGUC